CCCCUCAAAUCCCGUUCUGCUUUUGCUCCAUACCCUUCUGCAACUAGAGAGCGGACAUGUUAGCCCUGACAUAACGGGGAUACACGGGUAGUUGGACACUUAGUGCAGGGAUUUUCUGCGUAGGGAAAUCAUGGACGCCGUAAACGCUUUUAACCACGAGCUGUUCUCCUUGAUGGACAUGAAGCCCCCAAUAUCUCGAGCCAAGAUGAUAUCCAUCACCAAGUCAGCCAUCAAAGCUAUGAAGUUAUACAAACACGUGGUCCAGAUUGUUGAGAAGUUCAUUAAAAAGUGUAAGCCGGAGUACAAGGUGGCAGGUCUAUAUGUUGUAGACUCCAUCGUCCGACAGUCCCGUCAUCAGUUUGGCAUGGACAAGGACGUGUUCGGGCCACGGUUCACCAAGAACAUCACGGGAACGUUUGAGAACCUCUGUCUAUGUCCCACUGAAGAACGGAGUAAGAUAGUGCGUGUGUUGAAUCUGUGGCAGAAGAAUGGUGUGUUUAAGAUGGAGAUCAUCCAGCCUCUUCUAGAUAUGGCGACAUCUGGUUCCAGCUGUGUUGCAGACACCGAGAUGGACGACCCAGACCCAGGUUUCCCCUCAUCCCCAUCACCAGUAAAGGGUAAGGUCACCUCAGUAACGGAAAACACUGUUGUGGCGCCUGUCUCUCAGCUUCAGAACUCUGACGCGUUCGCCGCUGUCGCUCAGCUCUUCCAGUCCUCAAAGGGACAACAGCUUCAACAAAUUUUCCAGAACUUUCAACAAAAUCCGUUAAAGCCUCAGACUCAUCCCUUCCCACCCCAGACCCACAGCCACCCUCAUCCUCAACCUCAUCCUCAACCCCAUCCCCAGCCGCAUCUCCAGCCUCAACCCCAUCUCCAGCCUCAACCCCAUCUCCAGCCUCAACCCCAUCUCCAGGCUCAACCUCAUCCACAGCCGCAUCUCCAGGCUCAACCUCAUCCUCAACCCCAUCUCCAGGCUCAACUCCAUCUCCAGCCGCAUCUCCAGGCUCAACCCCAUCCUCAACCCCAGCACCAGGCUCCACCCCAGCACCAGGCUCAACCCCAUCACCAGGCUCAACCCCAGCCUCCUGCCAACCUCCACCACCUCCACUCCCAGCUCCAUCUCCAGUCCCUGACCCCCGCCCUGGGUACGACCGCUCAGCGACUCCCCCUCCCCUCCAGCGAGCUCAGCCAGCAGAAAACAGCGUUUGACAAGGUGGCUACGCUGUUGGACCGUUUUGACUAUGACGAUGAGCCUGAGGGAGCCGACGAAUCAAAGAAGGACCAGACGUCUUUUACCCAGCAGCCUCCAGGUUUUCCCCAGCACUUUCAACAACACAUGAUGGGCAUGGUCCAAGACCUCCCACGCCAGAUAUCUCUGCCUCCUAACGGCCAGCUACAGGGCUAUGGUUUGCUGCCGGGCCAGGCCUACCCAGGAAUGGUGGUUCCUCCAGGUCAGCUCCUCCCUGGUACAGGACCUCCAGGCUUCCCUGGGGGAUACCCUCCAAACAAGGACGCCUUUGGCCAACACGUGGGCCAGCAGGAACAGGAUAUGAAUAUGGACCUGGACCCCCCCUCCAUGAAGGAUGGAAGACACCGACCAGAUGGCAGGAAGUCACCAUCGGGAUCUAGGUCUCCUAAGAGGAGGCGGUCGCGGUCCAUCUCUAGAACACACCGGUCCAGAGACCGCCGCAGACACUCCCCGCGGUCACGCUCCCAGGAACGCAGGGAGAGGGAGAAGGAGAAGGAGAGGGAGAGGGAGAGACGACAGAAAGGACUGCCACAGCCCAAGGCUGACACGCUGAGCGUGUGUAGUACCACUCUGUGGGUGGGUCAGCUAGACAAGAGAACCCAGCAGCAGGAUGUAGCCUGUCUACUGGAGGAGUUUGGACAGAUAGACUCCAUCAAUAUGAUUCCUCCUCGAGGUUGUGCCUACAUCGUCAUGGUCCACAGACAGGAUGCAUUCAGAGCUCUGCAGAAACUCAGCAGAGGAUCCUACAAAGUCAACCAGAAAGCCAUCAAGAUCGCGUGGGCCUUGAAUAAAGGGAUCAAGGCGGAGUUGAAGCUGUACUGGGAUGUGGAGCUGGGCGUUACCUUCAUCCCCUGGUCGAAGAUACGACAGGACCAGCUAGAGGACGUCAGAGAGGGAGGGACGCUGGACCCAGACACACUGGACCCAGAGUGGAGGUGUGUUCAGAACAACCAGGAGACACCAGAGGAGUUCAGACAAAAUGGCCGCUCUGAGCCGUUAGCCACACUGGAGGACGCAGCUGGGACCGCACCUGUAGACGCUCCUGUACAGGUGCAUCCGGUCCAGGUGCAGUCGAUGGGAAGUGUAGGUUCUCUCCAGCAGCACCCCUCCUUCCCCCCUGGGCCUGGCCCUCCUGGUGGUCCCCCCAUGGGCCUGCCUCCCCCUUCCUUCCCCCCUGGUGUCCCGCCCGGUCCUCCUCCCUCCUUCAUGAGACCGGGACCAAGGUUCAACCCCAUGCAGAUGAUGCCACCUGGUUUCCUUCCGCCUGGGUCGAUGCCAUUGGGCCCCUCUGGCCCCCCUCCCUCAGCAGCAGGGGGUGUAGGGGUAGUUGAACUGUCUCUGGAUCCAGCCGGCCUGGGUAACCAGGUGCCUGGUCCUCCAGGGGGCUCACCAGGCGGUCCCAUCCCGCUGUCUGGAGGUCUUCUUGGGGCUCGCCCCGGCAUGAUCCCCCUCCAGCGCCCCCCAGUCCACUCUCCUGGUCCGGUCCUCCCCCCACCUCACAUGCAGCGCUUCCCUCCUCCCCACGGUGGCCCACAUGGCCCCCACCCCCCUCGGGGCCCUCCCCACCACAACAUGCCACCCCAGAUGAUGCCACCCAACAGGGGCCCCCACCCUCACAUGAUCCACCACGAUGGCCCCCCUCUGCCGCCCGGGGGCCCACGUGGGUUUGGGAUGGGCAUGCCCCCUUCCCAUCCCAUGAGGGGUCCCUUCCCUCCCCACGGGCCCCCCCCUGGGGGGCCCCCACCACCCUUCAUGAGGGGGGGCCCUCGAGGGCCAGAUGGGCCGGAGGAGAUUGAGGGGAGGGGGCCCUUCAGGGGGGAGAGACCUGGGUUUAGGGACAGGGAUCCAGACAGGGAGAGAGAGAGGGACUGGGAGAGGGAUAGGGAGAGGUUUGGUGGAGGGGGGAGGCGG